AUGUUAAAACGCGUGUGUUUUUUAUUUGUCAUCAUCAUCAAUGGAAUAUUUUGUGUGACCACUGACUCAGAGGAAGACAUACCCAUAGGCAGUGACAAAGAGCUAUCGGAUUUGGUUAUAACCACUGCUUUGGGUAAAAUUAGAGGAACUCUCUUGACUUCGCAAAGAGGCAGAAAUUUCUAUGCCUUUCGUGGCAUACGCUACGCCAAGCCUCCUGUGGGAGAGCUGCGUUUUAAGCCUCCGGAACCCAUAGAGCAAUGGUUUGAUAUCUUCGAUGCCACCUUCGAUGGACCCAUGUGCCCUCAGCCAGCCUUGAAUAGCUUGGAUGUUUCCGAGGAUUGUCUACGGUUGAAUAUCUAUACCAGGGACUUGCCUUCGGAGACAAAUCCCAAUCCCAAAAAGCCUGUCAUAGUUUUCAUACAUCCAGGAGGCUUCUAUUCUCUGUCGGGACAAAGUAAAAAUUUUGCCGGUCCUCAAUAUUUCAUGGAUCGCAGUGUGGUCUUGGUGACUUUUAAUUAUCGUUUGGCUUCUUUGGGUUUUCUAAGUACCGGAACACGAGAAGCUCCUGGAAAUUUGGGUUUAAAAGAUCAAGUCGCCUUACUGAGAUGGGUAAAAUUGCUUAUAUCCCGCUUUGGAGGAGAUCCUAAUUCAAUAACUCUUUUGGGUUAUGGCGCCGGCGCCAUGAGUGUCACAUUGCAUAUGGUUUCACCUAUGUCGAGAAAUCUCUUUCACAAAGCCAUCAUUAUGAGUGGUUCGGCUACGGGACAAUGGGAAUUGCCGGAGGAGCAGCUGUAUUUGGCCCAACGCCAAGCCAAGUUGUUGAAAUGCCCAGUGGCUAAUAUAACCGAGAUGAUGGAGUGUUUAAAAAGUAAACAUUAUCUGGAAUAUCCCAACUCACUCUCCAGCAUGUUUGAGUUUGGACGCAGCAAUCCCUUGAUUUUAUGGAAACCUGUAGUGGAAAAAGAUUUCGGUCAAGAACGUUUUCUUGUUGAGGAACCUUUGCGCUCUUAUCAAAAUGGUGACUUUAUGAAAAUACCCAUAAUUACAGGCAUGACAAAGGAUGAGUUUGUGGGACCGGCGUUAUCCUUGUUGGAAAAUGCGAAUUGGUUAAAAUUCUUUGAGGACAAUUUCAAUUUAGUGGCUCCCAUUUGUUUUAUGUACAACAGCAGCAAUCUUAGAUCAGCUGAUAUUGGCCGUGAGUUGAGAUCAUUUUAUUUCGGCAAUGGCAGCUUGAGUAUGCCCGCCUCAUUGGAGAAUCUUACUUUGCUUUACUCGGAUGCCUUAACUGGUUUCUCUGUACAUCGUUUUGUACAUUUGGCAGCUCGCUCUACAAAAGUUUACUAUUACCGAUUUAGUUAUCAGGGGCAGAGGAGUCAUAUAAACUAUCCCCACAAUGGACCUUAUGGUGUCGUUCAUCACGAUGAUUUAAUGUAUUUAUUUGUGGAGCCCACUGUUAAUCGCAUGUUCACUGAAGAUGAUGAAGAAUUUCCUAUGGUUAAUACGAUGACCAGUAUGUUAACUGCUUUUGCCUACAAAGGUGAUCCCAAUAAGCCAAGUGACAAAUAUUUGAAAAACAUUCGUUGGCGUCCAUUCAGUUAUAAAAAACAAUAUUACCUAGACAUUGGGGAUGAGUUGACUAUGCGCAGCGGACUCAAUACCCAACGUUAUGAAUUAUGGAAACGUUUGUUUCCUCUCAAUUGGAGGCGUCAGAGUAAACAUGGUGUUGACGAUAUUGAUUAUGAAUGAUCUAAAACUGAAUUGUAUACCGAAAUUUCAUGUAAUAAAAUGAAGGCUUGAUAAAGUGCGUA